AUGCUGGCAUCACGAGUGAGACCGGCUGCCACGCAAUUUGGCAAGUUCAUCGUCCCAUUACGAGCUCGCUACUCCUCGGCGACAGAGAACAGCUAUGAAUACAUCAAAGUCUCCACGCCCCGAGCAGGCGUUGGAUUGGGUAUGCCACACAAACGAGCCCAGGGACGCCUUGACGACCCUCAUCUAAGUCUUCUACAGUCGAGCUCAACCGGCCCAAAGCCCUCAACGCCCUCUUCACACCCCUCAUACUCGAGCUCAACACCGCCAUGAAAGCCUUCGAUACCGAUUCCUCGAUCGGCGCCAUGGUGCUCACCGGCUCCCACAAAGCCUUCGCUGCCGGCGCCGAUAUCAAGGAAAUGGCUACGAAAGAAUUUGCCGACGCGUACGGUUCCGAUUUCAUCGAAAACUGGAGCGAAAUUCCCAACACGAUUAAGAAACCCGUCAUCAGCGCCGUCAACGGCCAUGCUCUCGGAGGCGGCUGCGAACUGGCCAUGAUGUGCGAUAUUCUCUAUUGCAGCGAGAAGGCCAAUUUCGGACAGCCAGAGAUCAAGUUGGGGAUUAUCCCAGGUGCUGGGGGGAGUCAGAGGUUGACGAGGGCGAUCGGGAAGAGUAGAGCUAUGGAGUUGAUUCUGACGGGCAAGAAUUUCAGUGGGAAGGAUGCUGGCGAGUGGGGGCUUGCUGCGAGGGUGUUUGAGACGCCAGAGCAAUGUGUCGAUGGAGCACUGGACACCGCGGAGCAGAUUGCUUCUUACUCGAGGAUUGCUGUGAAGGCUUGCAAAGAGGUGGUCAACAAGAGCCAAGACCUAGGCAUCAGAGAAGGCGUGGAAUUCGAGAGGAGGGUCUUCCACGGACUCUUCGGAAGUGAAGAUCAGAAGAUCGGUAUGAGCUCUUUCGCACAGAAGAAAAAGGCGGAAUGGGCGCACAGGUGA